ACAUUUCAUUACUUCGAAAAUUUACGACUACCUACAUUACAUUUCGUCCGCUGCGGCAGAUAAUUUUAAACGAUUCGUAAUGCUGUCGUUCAUAAAGCACCGUAGGUGGUAGUUUAGAAAAUCUGUUCCCAAUAUUGGAACUCUUGGCACCCAAGAAUGAGGUGGUCCUUCUUAUUUGUGUCAGCAUAUUUUGCGUUUGUAGCAUGCGAAAAGCGUUUCCUAGUGACCAGAAAGUAUGGCGGCUGUUUAGUAAAAAAUAAGUACAGGCACGAGCGCAGUUGCUUCGGACCCCGGCGAACUUUCUAUGUGUUUCACCAGAUUCUAUUUGACUGCAUUCGAGUAACAUCUUUUUGUCCAAGAAUGCAUGAACAAAACGACUUUAGGUCCCUGUUUAUGUGUCGCCAAUCUUGUGAACGCUACAUGAAGGUCCCAUCGCUGCCUCCGCCACCUUCAACUGAGGCCGGAGGCUCUGAUGCUUCCAGUACAACAGCCAAAGCCAAGGCUUUUCAAAAUCCAGAUGGUUUCGAAACUGCUACAGCUCCUGCAGAUGCAGCAGCUGAAUCUAAGACUGAAUCAAAAGCUGAAUCUGACCCUGAAUCUGCAACUGAAUCUGCAACUGAAUCUAAAACCGCGCCGCCUGUUCGACGACGUGGUCGUCCCCCUGCACGCUCACGUGGACGUGCUCGUAAUCGUCUUCGGAUUCGUAGAAAAUAGGUCCACACUGUACUAUAUACCUAAGGCUGCCUGUCUUUACAUAAUGUCCUGCUAUUGUUUUAGUCUGUAUCUAGCAUAAGCUUUGGGAUGUCGGUGGGAUCGGUGCGAGUGUUGGCAUACAAUAAAUAUAUAUUGGAGAAUGAGGGCCCUAAA